CAUUAUGGCGUCUCCAAACUCUUCAGUCUUGUGUGGUGAAAUGUUAUUCUCUUAGGAUCUUGAAUGCUAUGCUGUGAUCUGCCAUCUCAAAACAAAAUCUUUCCAGAGUUUCUGGUGAUGUGCGACAAUUAGGUACACACUUAAAAUACAUUGUAGAGGAAGCAGGUUACUAGAUGCAAAGCCCUCUCUAUUUAUCACUGUGUCUGCCGAUCAGUUUGGAAGCACCGCUCCCUGGCGCUCUUUCCAUGUUAAGCAGAGAGGUUUUUGGAGGUAGUCAGAUCCAGAGGUCGGGCUGAGACUGGAGGGCAAGGGGGUACCCGCUGCGUGCUUCUGAGGCUGGGUGACCUGCGUUUGCAGCAGCCGAGGCUUCUGCCCGUCGUGUCUAAUAUUCCUCUGUCUCUGGCCCGGGCCUUUCGGAGAAUCUAAGCGUCCAACUUCCCAUUUUAUGUAGGGAUUUGCCCAGUGGCCACCAGCUCGGACAAGAUAGAGGAAGACCUCCGCAGCGCGGCUUUUAGCUUUCAGCUCCCUGCUCAAAGUUCACAGCGGCGGAGUUUCAGAGAGCCGCUGGUGUUCCAAGAAAAGCUGCCCGGGGCUGGAAGGCGCCGGAACCUUUGGUUCCAGGCCGUGGACCGCGCCGGCAGCGCCGGCGGCCUUCCGGGGAGAAGAGCGGGCGCCCGGCGAUGGCAAUGGCGGCGGCGCCGGCGCUGAAGCACUGGCGCACUACGCUGGAGCGGGUGGAGAAAUUCGUGUCGCCGCUCUACUUUACCGACUGUAACCUCCGCGGCAGGCUCUUCGGGGACAGCUGCCCGGUGGCCGCGCUCUCCAGUUUCUUGACGCCGGAGAGGCUUCCCUACCAGGAGGCCGUCCAGCAAGACUUCCGCCCCGCGCAGGUCGGCGACAGCUUCGGACCCACAUGGUGGACCUGUUGGUUCCGAGUGGAGCUGACUAUCCCGGAAGCAUGGGUGGGUCAGGAAGUUCACCUUCGCUGGGAAAGUGAUGGAGAAGGCCUGGUGUGGCGCGAUGGGGAACCUGUCCAGGGUUUGACCAAAGAGGGGGAGAAGACCAGCUAUGUCCUGACUGACAGGCUGGGGGAAGGAGACCCCCGGAGCAUGACCCUCUAUGUGGAAGUAGCCUGCAAUGGCCUCCUGGGGGCCGGUAAGGGAACCAUGAUUGCAGCCCCUGACCCAGAGAAGAUGUUCCAAGUGAGCCGGGCUGAGCUGGCCGUGUUCCACCAAGAUGUCCACAAGCUCUUGGUGGAUCUGGAGCUGCUGCUGGGCAUGGCCAAGGGCCUCGGGGAAGACAACCAGCGCAGCUUCCAGGCCCUAUACACAGCCAACCAGAUCGUGAACGUGUGUGACCCUGCCCAGCCUGAGACCUUCCCAGUGGCCCAGGCCCUGGCCUCCAAGUUCUUUGGCCAACGUGGAGGUGAAAGCCAACAUACCAUCCACGCCAUGGGGCACUGUCACAUUGAUACAGCCUGGCUUUGGCCCUUCAAAGAAACUGUGCGGAAAUGUGCCCGGAGCUGGGUGACAGCCGUGCAGCUGAUGGAGCAGAACCCUGAGUUCAUCUUUGUCUGCUCCCAGGCACAGCAGCUCGAGUGGGUGAAGAGCCACUACCCUGGGCUGCAUGCCCAGCUCCAGGAGUUCGCCUGCCGUGGGCAGUUUGUGCCUGUGGGGGGCACCUGGGUGGAGAUGGAUGGGAACCUUCCCAGUGGAGAGGCCAUGGUGAGGCAGUUCCUGCAGGGCCAGAACUUCUUCCUGCAGGAGUUUGGGAAGAUGUGCUCCGAGUUCUGGCUGCCAGAUACGUUUGGCUACUCAGCGCAGCUCCCCCAGAUCAUGCGCAGCUGUGGCAUCCGGCACUUCCUGACCCAAAAGCUGAGCUGGAACUUGGUGAACUCCUUUCCGCAUCAUACCUUUUUCUGGGAGGGGCUGGAUGGCUCUCGUGUGCUGGCCCACUUCCCACCUGGUGACUCAUAUGGAAUGCAGGGCAGUGUGGAGGAGGUGCUGAAGACCGUGACCAAAAAUCAGGACAAAGGGCGGACCAACCACAGUGCUUUUCUCUUUGGCUUUGGGGAUGGAGGUGGCGGCCCCACCCAGACCAUGGUGGACCGCUUGAAGCGGCUGCGCAAUACAGAUGGGCUGCCCAGAGUGCAGCUGUCUUCUCCGGGGCAACUCUUCUCAGCGCUGGAGAGCGACUCGGGGCAGCUGUGCACAUGGGUCGGGGAGCUCUUCCUGGAGCUGCACAAUGGCACCUAUACCACCCAUGCCCAGAUCAAGAAGGGGAACCGGGAAUGUGAGCGGAUCCUGCACGACGUGGAGCUGCUCAGCAGCCUGGCCCUGGCCCGAAGUGCCCACUUCCUAUACCCGGCAGCCCAGCUGCAGGACCUCUGGAGGCUCCUGCUCCUGAACCAGUUCCAUGACGUGGUGACUGGAAGCUGCAUCCAGCUGGUGGCGGAGGAAGCCAUGUGCCACUAUGAAGACAUCCGUUCCCAUGGCAACACACUGCUCAGUGCUGCAGCCGCCGCCCUGUGUGCUGGAGAGCCAGGUCCCAAGGGCCUCCUCAUUGUCAACACACUGCCCUGGAAGCGCACUGAAGUGUUGGCCCUGCCCAGGCCUGGCGGGGCCCACAGCCUAGGCCUCAUUCCCAGCCCUGGUGACAGUACCCAGCAUGGGCUAUGCUCCUGCUCCUGCCCCCACCUCACUGCAGCCCCUGCUGCCCCAGCAGCCUGUGUUCGUGGUGCAAGAGACCCUGCAGACUCAGCUUCAAGGCCCCCUCCCACCAAGACUGAUGGUUCUGUGACUCUGGACAACGGCAUCAUCCGGGUGAGGCUGGACCCGACUGGCUGCCUGACAUCCCUGGUGCUGGUGGCCUCUGGCAGGGAGGCCAUUGCUGAGGGCACUGUGGGGAACCAGUUUGUGCUGUUUGAUGAUGUCCCUCUGUACUGGGACGCAUGGGACGUCAUGGACUACCACCUAGAGACACGGAAGCCAGUGCUGGGCCAGGCAGGAACCUUGGCAGUGGGCACUGAGGGCGGCGUGCGGGGCAGCGCCUGGUUCCUGCUGCAGAUCAGUGCCAACAGUCGGCUCAGCCAGGAGGUCGUGCUAGAUGUUGGUUGCCCCUAUGUCCGCUUCCACACUGAGGUGCACUGGCAUGAGGCCCACAAGUUCCUGAAGGUGGAGUUCCCUGCCCGUGUGCGGAGCCCCCAGGCCACCUAUGAGGUCCAGUUCGGACAUCUGCAGCGGCCCACCCACUACAACACCUCUUGGGACUGGGCUCGAUUUGAGGUGUGGGCGCACCGCUGGAUGGAUCUGUCAGAGCACGGCUUCGGGCUGGCCCUGCUCAACGACUCCAAGUACGGCGCGUCGGUGCGAGGCAGCGUCCUCAGCCUCUCACUCUUGCGGGCGCCUAAAGCCCCUGAUGCCACUGCCGACAUGGGGCGCCACGAGUUCACCUACGCGCUGAUGCCCCACGAGGGCUCCUUCCAGGACGCUGGCGUUAUCCGCGCUGCCUACAGCGUCAACUUCCCCCUGCUGGCGCUGCCCACCCCCGGCCCUGCGCCCGCCGCCGCCUGGAGCGCCUUCUCCGUGUCCUCGCCCGCGGUGGUGUUGGAGACAGUCAAGCAGGCUGAGACCAGCCCCCAGGGCCGCACGCUGGUCCUGAGGCUGUACGAGGCCCACGGCAGCCACGUUGACUGCUGGCUGCACACGUCGCUGCCGGUUCAGGAGGCCGUCCUCUGCGACCUCCUGGAGCGGCGCGACCCUGCUGGCCACCUGCCCCUUCGGGACGCCCGCCUAAAGCUCACCUUUUCUCCCUUCCAAGUGCGGUCCCUGUUGCUCGUGCUGCAGCCCCCACCGAAUUGAGUCCCUGAGGGCGGGGUUUUGUUUGUGGAAGGCUUUGGGGGCUCCUCAUUUCUGCCUCCCCAGCCUGAAGCAGGAUGAGCCACCUCUUGAACAAUAAAUCCUUGGCUCAGGAA